UCGGCUGUUGUGAACGAGGCACCGACUCGAUCUGUGCGAGACAAGGCUAGACCUAUUAAAGAGGAUCCGCUCUUUUUUCUUUUACCAGAAGUUGAAAAGUUUUCGCUUGAAGCGCACGCGACGAAAACUCUGCCGGUAGCUGCAGAGCAACGCUCAUUCUGGUGGAAAGAGUACCUUUGGACAAAGCAAGAAGAGCGGAGUUCCACAGCUCUUUGGGAGUACUUUUUUGAUUCCCACAAUAUUUGGGAGAAUUUAUUUUUACGGUCUCUAGUUUGACAAAAUGCAGUUCGGAGUACCACUUUUGGUCCUCUGUUUGGCCCUUGGCUCAACAGAGGCAACGAUUUCACUGAAACUCGUCUCCAGACUUUAUCUACCUUUUGACAAGUUGCCAGUCGGAGGUGGGGCAGGUGGGGCAGGUGGGGCAGGUGGUGCCGGAGGAGGCGGUGGAGGGGGUGGUGGAGCUGGAGGUCGAGGAGGUGGUGGAAGAGGACAGACCGGCGGCAUGUAUGCCCUGAACAAUGGCGUCGCUUUCAAAUCAGCUUAUGACAUGGACAAACAAUUGGCAUACGUGGGAGGCGGACAAUUUGUUCAGAUUGUCGACUUUUCCGACGUCGUUCAACCCAAGGUAGUGAAACAGAUCGCUACAGAGGGCCCAGUUGCAGACAUCGCAGAAUGUGGCGAUUUGGUUGCGUUCACUCAGCCAGGGAAGCCUCACUUCACUGAUGUAGGAUCACUGAAGAUCUAUGAGAAAUACAACCCAGCCACCAUGAUGAUGAAAGAACUAUGCUCUGUCGAAGUUGGUUCUCAGCCUAUCGCCGUCCGCUUCGCCCAAGGUUGCAGCCUCAUCAUCGUCGCCAACGAAGGCGUGAUGGGAGAGAACAACUAUACUAAGAAAUACGUCAACCCUGAAGGCACCAUCACUACAGUUAGGCUAGCAGGUUCAGUUUCUAAUGGUCCCAGUCAGCAGAUCGUGAACACCACGUUUGGUGCUGGUGGUCCAAUGAUGACCACACCGAUGGCUGGUUUCCCUCGUGGUACAACGUGGAGCCCUAAUGCAGGAGCAGGUGGUCAAGGUGGUCAAGGCCAAUACCCAGGACAAGGCGGUCAGGGCGGUCAGGGCGGCCAAGGCGGUCAAGGCCAAUACCCAGGACAAGGCGGUCAGGGCGGACAGGGCGGACAGGGCGGCCAAGGCGGUCAAGGUGGCUACCCCGGACAAGGCGGACAGGGUGGACCAGGUUAUUACCCCGGUCAGGGCGGUCAAGGCGGACAAGGCGGAUGGGGCCAGGGAGGAGGACAAGGCGGCCAAGGUGGUGGAAACAACCCUCAGUAUCCCAUGAUUCCGACUACACCUUUACCCGGUACAAUCUGCAAUGGAACAUCUACUAUGAGCUACGUUGUCAGUCAGAUCAACUUCCACAAAUUCAACGCACCAGCCGAGGUCCAGCGAUUGAAAGCACUCCACGUUCGUCAGCCUUACACAGGUCAGUUGGGUGACCCUGGUCCACACACAUUCUCACGAGGACUUGAACCUCGACACAUCACAUUGGAUGGCCAGGAACAGAUCGCUUAUAUCAGCUUACAGGAAAAUAAUGCCAUCGCAGUCGUCGAUUUGAAUAACAACACCGUGAUUGAUAUUCUCCCGAUGGGUGUGAAGAAUUGGAAGGGACUCAAGAUCGAUGCAAGCAGUGCGGAUAGAGGCAUUAUGUUCCAGACAUACGACCAGCUAAACAGCUUUCCCAUGCCAGAUGCAAUCGAAACAUACUACGACGCUAUGGGUGAUCUUUACGUGGUAACGGCAAAUGAGGGCGCUAAACCUAUGAUGGCUACGUGUUCCCUCGAAGUUUGCCCUGGCGGACCAGGAGAGUUCGAAGAAGUCGAGAUUGGUGAAGAAUUCAUCGUAGAAGAGCUACUUCCCCAACCCGUGAUAGACAGUCCCCUGGGACAAGCAAUGGCUGAAGAGACACAGUUAGGCUCUUCUCUCUUCAGUAUGGUCGACGGUAUCAAUCCUGCUGAGCCAGAAUUUUUCAACGAAGUAUUCAUGUUCGGUGGGCGUGGUAUCUCAGCCUAUAAGGUUGACCCUAUAACUAUGAACAUGACCUUGGCUUGGGACAGCGGUGAUGUCAUCGAGAAGGAGAUCGCAAAGUUCUUCCCCAAGAUCUUCAACGGAGCCGCAUUCUCUCGUCCUCCCCAGCGAGUUAAACCGUUCAUGACUAAGGACUCGCGAUCGAGUGGAAGGGGGCCUGAGUGUGAGUCUCUAGCUGUUGGUGAUGUCCAGGGCAGAAAACUUAUCUUCGUUGGUAUUGAUGGAGUAAGUGCUCUCGCCAUCUUCUCCGUUGCCCCUGGCAACAGCACACCUGUUUACGAAUCCCUCUUCAAGGACGGACAUAUUGAUGCCAGCUAUAACGCCCUCUACAAAAACCGAAAAACCGGCGACCUUUCCCCAGAAUCUCUUUCAUUCAUCCCUCCAGAAAAGAGUCAAACUAACAAGCCUCUCCUCCUUGUGACCGGUCGAGUGAGUGGUACAGUCUCUAUGUAUGAGGUGAUCGAUGUUCCUUACUGGAUGUUACUCAAGACACUUGGAACCAACAUAGAAGGAAGUAGUGCCAUAUCUGUGACGUCAUCAGCGUUCAGCAUCUUCUUCGCAUUUUUGUCUGGGAUGUUCGCAAUCUUCAUGAAAAUGUAAUUUUAUUCAUAAUAUAAUUUCUAAUGCAGCUCUUUUGAAAACGUUCUUGUUUCAUUUGGUGGUAGACUUCAGUCUAAUGAAUAACGAGAUUACGCAAGAUUCCCCCUUUUCGAUUUGUUUGUAUAUGGAUGUAAUCUAACCUGAUCAAUUUGAUUUCUUGAUAUCAAAUUUAAUAUUGGUUAGCAAGGAAGGUUGAAAUAACGUU